AUGCUCACGGGUAUUCCGUACCAGAGCUUUAACUUCCUGCACCGUUGGACUGGUCGCAUCAUCCUCGUUCAAUCAUUCGUUCACGCUAUCAUCUGGACCAUUGUUGAAGGAAAGCUUUAUCAACCACAACCGACGACGUACAACAAGUGGAUCAGCCAAAAGUACAUGAUCUGGGGUUGCAUUGCACAGGGUUUCAUCACCUUCUUGUUCGUCUUCAGUCUACGACCUGUGAUCCGCUGGACGGGUUACGAGUUCUUCCGCAAGUCUCACCUCAUUGUCGCCGGUCUUUACCUAGGUGCUUGCUGGGGCCACUGGGAAAAGCUGUCGUGCUGGAUGAUAGCCUCACUAGCCAUCAUGGGUUUCGAUCUUGUUGCGCGUACCGUUCGUACUUGCCUUAUCCAUACCGGGUACAAGGAUGGCAGUCACGGCUUCGGUUUUCAUUCAAUACCUUCCACGAUGGAGACUUUCCAAGACCCAACAGGGACAAUCAUCCGUAUGACGUUCACACACAGCCACAAAGCAUGGGCGAUUGGUCAACACUACUACUUGACGUUUCCGGCACUCAACAUCUGGCAGUCGCAUCCCUUCACGCCUGCCUCCAACCCAGGUGUCUCAUCAUCAAUUCAGAGGCAUACCUACAUCAUUCGCGCCUGCAAUGGAGAAACUGCUAAGCUGGCUGCUCUCGCCGAAUCAGUUGCGAACUGCUACCCUCGUUGCGUAGCGUCAACGCCCGUGAUCAUGAUGGGCCCGUACGGAAGCUCUAUAGCCAACGAGGAAGUCUCGAAUAUCCUCGCCAUUUCCGGUGGCACAGGAAUUACCUAUACGCUGCCUGCCAUCAUGACAGCGCUAGAUGAUGCUUCACCCGCGCGCAACAUCGAACUAGUCUGGACUGUGCGUCAUCUGGAAAACCUCGCAUGGAUUGCGCCGGAACUAGCCUACCUGAAAUCUCAGCUCGAUCAGACAUGGACGAAUGAAGUUGGAAAUCACGACGCCGACAAGCUAGAGAAAGCGCCCAUCGUGUCCAGCGGAUCAGAGAAGCGUUUCAGAAUCCGCAUUUUCGUCACCCGGCCGGAUACGACGCAACAACAGCCCUCCCAUGAGCUUCGAUAUGGAAAGAGUGAGGACUACGGCGAUGCGGGCUCGCUGGCACAGACUCCAUCUGGGGACUCCAUAUCUUUGGCGCUCCGUCUCGAGGAGCUGUGUCGCAGAUGCCCCAACUUCAGCAUCACCUGGCUGAACAACGCGCGACCGGAUGUGGCGUCUUUGGUCGAUACUUUCAUGAAUGAGACAGUGGAGAGUGGUAGGACACAGGUGAUUGGUUCUGGUCCUCCCCAAUUAGGCACACAGCUUCGCGCUGCUGUCGCGGCGAAGAAUGUGCCAGGAAAUGUGUGGCAGGGCGAUGAAGGAAGCGAUGUUGAGUGUGUGUGGGACGACAGGAUGGGUUGA